AAGGCGUGAUACUUGUAACAACACAAUGACACGUCGUAUUUACCGAUAAGCGUUUGCGUUUUUGAUGUUAUUCUCAUUACAGAAUAUCAGAGAAUAUCAGACAUCAGCGUGUAACCCGGAUCUGCGACAUCCCGGAUACGACAUCUAGCAAUGGGGUGGGAAUCUUGUGGACCCAGCGAAGUGCUGGUCGUGUCUGGAUGCGGGCACGGCGACCGACCGGUGUAUGUCGCAGGCGGUCGCUUGUACGUCUGGCCUUUCCAGAAGCUUCAGAGGCUUUCUUUGAACGUCAUGACGUUGACCGUUCAGAGUCCGAAGGUGUUCACCAAUCAGGGUGUCGCUAUUUCGGUAACGGGAGUUGCUCAGGUCAAAGUUGAUUCGUCACAUGAUCACAUGUUGCGGACGGCAUGUCAGCAAUUUUUGGGGAAGUCUGAGAUGGAGAUUCAAAAUAUAGCUUUGGAAACAUUGGAAGGUCAUCAGAGAGCAAUGAUGGGAACUAUGUCAGUCGAGGAGAUUUAUCAAGAUAGGCAGACGUUUUCGGAUAGAGUCUACGAAGUGGCAAAGUCUGACUUCAUCAACAUGGGCUUUACCAUUGUCAGCUACACAUUAAAGGAUAUUGACGAUGAUAACGACUACCUUCUCUCUCUUGGUAAGCCUCGAACUGCUCAAGUAAAACGUGAUGCUGCAAUCGGCGAAGCAGUUGCCACUCGAGAUGCCGGAAUUAAAGCUGCAGAAGCCGACCAAAUGCGAAUGGCCAGCAAAUAUGCAAAUGACACCGAGAUGGCAAAGUCUCAGAGGGAUUUUGAGUUGAAGAAAGCAGCUUACGAUACUGAAUUUAACACAAGGAAAGCUCAAUCAGAGUUAGCAUAUCAACUUCAAGCAGCCAAAACCAAACAGAAAAUCAAAGAAGAAGAAAUGCAAAUUAAAGUUAUUGAACGGAAGCAGCAGAUUGCAGUACAAGAGCAAGAAAUUCAACGUCGUGAGAAAGAACUCGAGGCACAAAUGAAACGUCCGGCUAUAGCGGAGAAGUAUCGUCUUGAGACCAUAGCAGCUGCCAACAGGCAAAAAGUGGUGUUGGAAGCAGAAGCUACAGCAGAAGCUAUUCGACUGAAGGGUGAGGCAGAGGCUUACGCCAUCGAAGCAAAGGCCAAAGCCGAGGCCGAGCAAAUGGCAAAGAAAGCCGAAGCUUGGCAAGAUUAUCAAUCAGCUGCCAUGGUGGACAUGGUCUUAGAGACGUUACCAAAGGUGGCAGCAGAGGUCGCCGCUCCUUUAUCACAGACAAAGAAAAUUGUAAUGAUUGCUGGUGAUAAGGGUGAGCUGGGUGCCAGUAAAAUAACCAGCGAAGUGUUGGAUAUCAUCUCCAAGUUGCCGAAGGCAGUAGAAGAUCUCACUGGUGUUGAUAUAUCUGCGGCGAUGAAAAUGGCAACUCAUACUGGAAAGCGAUGAGCAGUUGUCGUUUAGGACGUCGUGGGAAUGUGAAUGCAAACACACAUGCUGACUGGCUGAGAGCACAUUAGCCACAAUUUGUAGAUGCUGCUUUUCCUCCAUUAAUGGUAUCAAACGGGCUUUGGACAUUGCAACAAUUAUAUUCGAAUGUCAUGCUUGUAGAGAAUGAUGGACUGUCGUGGCAUGUUCUGGUAAAAUUUUAUCUGUUCUUGG